CACAUAUUUCAAUUGAGUUCCAGAAAGAACUGUCAAUCUGACGACUGAUGUGAAGAAUUUCAGGCAAUUUUGAGAUUUUGAAUUAAACUUUGAACGGCAGGAUGGACCAGAAUGGUAGCCCAGAGCCGAUAGACUUCGACUUUUUCGAUGAAGGUCCAUCAACAAAACGCAGUUCAAGAUUAGAUCCUCCGGAUCCCAAACCCAACCGACCACAGAGCGGUAAGCGGAGUGGCAGUGCACGGGGAUACGACGGGGACUAUGACAGAGAGUCGGUGCGCAGCGUGGCAAGCAGCCGCAGCAGUGUGAGUGUUCGAAUUCCAACAGCAACUCCAACUCACGAUGAUGGUAAUGAAGCAGAUUAUUAUUCGGAUGACUUUGAUGAUAGUGAUAGAGAUGAACAUAAGGCAAAGAAUGGUAGUGAAUCAUUUCGUUUUAAAGACGAUAUUGAUGCCUUGAAUUCAAAAGGAAAUCGGCGAGAGAGAGAUGUUCGAAAUGGAAAGGCCACUUCAAAAACUGGUUCGAAAUCUCGUCCAAAAACCUCAGUUGGCAGAAGAAGAUCAUAUAGUUCAAGUUCAAAUGCAUCCACCGAAAGCUCAAGAUCAAGCUCUAGUUUUACUUCCGAGUCGAGUGAAAGAUCUGGCCACAGAGACAAUGACAGUGUGACGGAUGUUUCACCUUUGCAAAGUCCACCUAGUUCGCCUAUUCCCAAGCUUGAAUAUGAUGAACAAGAAAUGGAGAGGGAGUCAGAGAGAAUGAGAAGUGUUCACUUUGAAGGAGAUGAUGUAGACAGUUAUAGAGAUCCCAACGAAAGACAUGCGAAGCUGAAGGGCAGACCCAAAUCGUCAAAGCCGAGAGAUAGUCGCAAAGUGACUAAAACUCCUGGUUAUUCACAUUACGAUGAGGAUCCUCGUGUGCGAGAAACAGAAGCAAAAGAACUGAGCAUGCUGCUACGAGCAGUCCUUGAAUUGGACGAAACGCCAAAGGAAUCUGAUUUGUCAAUGCUUCACAAGAAUUUAAAGAGACCUGUUUCAGGGAAGAGGAAGAAUCGACCGCAGUCAGCUCCUAUGCCUCACCAGAGAAUGAACAUGUCAUUCAGUAAUGAUGAAGUGAGACGUAUUGAUAGAGAUAAUAGGAGACUCCUGGAGAAGAUCAUUGGGAAGUCCUCCGAGCCGCCCGCUGCUAACAGAGCAGGUCGAGUCAAUAGACCAAGCAGUGCUAAGCGCUAUACUCAGUCCACUGGCACUGGGACCCCAGAGAAGCCAGUCAGCCAUUCAGCAGUUAGGAGGCAGAGAGACCAACGCAGGAUUGAAAUAGAAAACAUGCAAAUCUUGAAACGUAUUGAGGCAGCAAGGGCUACUCCUCAAGUGAAGAAGGAUGCACUAAUGAAAGAUUAUCAUCAGCAGAUGCAGUAUGCUACACAGGUCUCUAAAACCCCUGGAGGACCUCCUAGAUCGAGACCAUCCAGUGCUAAGCGAUCAGGUAAAGCAUACAGCAACAGUGGGAUGAACAGGGCAUCAAGUAUGUCUAGUCUUGGUACAGAGUUCAGUGCAGACACCUUUACGUCAUCAAGUACUGGUCGCUCUCGACCCAGGAGUGCAAAGUGGUCAGGAUAUAAAGCUGGUAGACCUGCGUGGGAUGAUCGCUUCUACCUCGAUGAUUAAACGUAAAAGGAUGUGAUGUGUUUCAUAUCAAAGUGUGAUCGUUUGAUUGGGAAUUUAGCCCCUGGUUGGAAUCAGCACCGCUUGAAUUUCAUUUGUGUGAUCUAGAGAAAACCUCAAUAAAACAGUCACGGGAAUCUUUGCCCCGACACAUAUGGCAAUUUCCUCUGUGUCAGAUCCAGAAUUUCUUAGGGGGGAUGACCUAAACAGUCACCCCCUCAGAAUUUUUUUUGUCAAGGUUAAAAGAGCUUAAAUUUCUCAUUUGCGACUUUCCUGUCAUUUUAUGUCAAGCCCCCCCCCAAAAAAAAAAAUCACUUUUAUUACAUCCCCCUGACUCAAUGGGGGUGGAGAGGAAUGUACUUUAAAUGAUUUGGGGGAGUUUUUAUACACUCUUUUUCUAUUGUAUUUUUAAAUAAUAUCACAUCCCCCCCUUUUGGAUCUGCCACUGAUUGCUCAUGCCCUAUUAUGUUGUAGUACAUACCUACAUGUGGGGUUGGGGUUGUGGUUCAAAAUAUGCGGGGAUUGGAAUGAGUGUUUGGCGUAACAUUAUGUACACCUACACAAAAACAUUUGUCAGUCCCUUACAAAUGCACAGGGAGCAUUCCAAAUUCCCUGAAAUCAAUAUGCGAGGGAGUGAAGCAACCGAGGGAUAUCGCCCAUCCUAGAGCAUGGAUUUUUUUUUUUUUUUUUUUUCGAGAGUAGGAUGAUGGAUUCUAAAUGAGCUACAUGUAGAUGUACGCACACACACAAGUGUGUACAUCAAGGAAAGUGAGAAUAUAAGAAUUCCCAUAUUUGCACACCUGCAGAGACGAGAAUUUUUGUUUUUACCCAUUCGCCAGAAAUUUACAGAAAUGCGGCAUCCAUGAUUAUCAGUCUUUUGAAGUUUGUUACUCUGCUUUAUUUUGGUGUUCUAUACAUCUACUCAUCACUUGCUAAAUGUAACAAAAAUAAUCUCCAAAACUGCACAUUAAUUCAAAAUGUAUUCAUACGUUCAUAGGGACAUGAUAACAUACCACAUAUCAUUUGGCUUAUAUUCAACUCGUCUUUCAAAUAAAUUCUAGAAGUCUCGACUCUAUCGUAUUAAUCAUUGUGCCUUUUUGUGUGGAGCCAUUCAAAGUAAUUUCAGUAAAAUCAGAUCAGUUAUUGCAUACCUGCUUUAGAUAGUAGUAUAUGUUCUUGUGAUGUGCAACAAGUAGAAUGAUAUGUCUAAAUGUGACAUCUCAGAAAAGUUUGAGAUUAUUCUUUGUCUCUGAAUAAGUCCAGUAAUAGUCAUUUUAAAGUCAUAUUCAUGACUACUGUAAGAUGUUUUUUUUCACUAGGUAGUGCAUUCUCGAGAAAUUGUUUUUGAUAUAGGGCCAUAUAAGACAAAACUUAGUGAGUACCGUAAUUAAAUGGUUGAUUACGCAUAUUAAUUGAUAUUAUCAAUCAUAGAAAUUGAUCUAACAAUCAAAGUUUUGUCUUGCAGAGCAGCAGUGUCUUGUGGAAACCUUUGUAUUGUGAUAUUGUUGAAUGGUUUUAAUUGUGUUGAACUUUAUUUAAGUCUAUCCUAAUUAGAACAAAUGACAGGACUAUUAUUUAAGUAGCAUGUUAAGGUCAAACCUGGCAUUGUUUAGCAAUAUUAAUCUGCAAUAGUAUUGUGAUAGCGCGGUAUUUCAAUUUUUGCAUAUAGCCAUUUGAAUAGAAACAUUUUUUUGUCCCUGAUUUCAAUUUGAAAAUAAACAGUACACGUUUGUUUAUUAAAUUCACAGUACAAUUGAAGAAAUAAAGCAGAUUACUUGUAUAUUUUGAUA